AAUACGAAUGAUUGAUUGAGGGAGGGAGGGAGGAAGGAAGACCCCCCCUCCUUUGCCCCCUCCAACCGUGCCCACGCCCCGCCGGGCCAAGAUGCUGCAGUCCCUGGCUGGCAGCUCGUGCGGGCGGCUGCUGGAGAGGCACCGCUCGGCCUGGCGCUUCGGCCUGCUGGUGGUGGGCUACGGGGUCUACCUGGCCUUCGGGGCGGUGGUGUUCUCGUCCGUGGAGCUGCCCUCCGAGGACCUGCUGCGCCAGGAGCUGCGGGCCCUGAAGCGCCGGUUCCUGGAGGACCACCACUGCCUGGCCGAGCCGCAGCUGGAGGGCUUCCUGGCCCGCGUCCUGGAGGCCAGCAGCUACGGGGUGUCCGUCCUCAGCAACGCCUCCGGACCCUGGAACUGGGACUUCGCCUCCGCCCUCUUCUUCGCCAGCACCGUCCUCUCCACCACCGGGUACGGCCACACAGUGCCGCUGUCAGACGGGGGAAAGGCCUUCUGCAUCGUCUACUCGGUCAUCGGCAUCCCGUUCACCCUGCUGUUCCUGACGGCCGUGGUCCAGCGCCUCGUCGUCUACGUGACGCGCCGGCCAGUGCUCUACCUGCACCUGCGCUGGGGCCUGUCCAAGCAGCUGGUGGCCGGCGCCCACGCCGUGCUCCUGGGCUUCGUCACCGUCUCCUGCUUCUUCUUCAUCCCCGCCGCCAUCUUCUCCGCCCUGGAGGAUGACUGGAACUUCCUGGAGUCCUUCUACUUCUGCUUCAUCUCCCUGAGCACCAUCGGCCUGGGGGAUUACGUCCCCGGGGAGGGCUACAACCAGAAGUUCCGGGAGCUGUACAAAAUCGGCAUCACGUGUUACCUGCUGCUGGGCCUCAUCGCCAUGCUCGUGGUCCUGGAGACCUUCUGCGAGCUGCACGAGCUGAAGAAGUUCCGCAAGAUGUUCUACGUGAAGAAGGACAAGGAGGAGGAGGACCAGGUGCAAAUCCUGGACCACGAGCAGCUCUCCUUCUCCUCCGUCGCCGGACGGGUAGCCGACGCCAAGGGGGAGCAGAAGCCCGGGCAGGACCUCGUGACCGCCUGGCCGGCUCUGCCCCCGGACAGCUCGCCCGACCCGUAGCGCCGCGGUCUCCGCGCCGCCCGACCCCGCGGCCGGAGCGGGAGGUCGCGGCCGAUCGGCCGACGGUGCCUAGUGGGGGGACGGGGAGGCCUCGCUUCGACGGUGGGGAUGCCCGUCUCAGAGCGGAGUAGGGGGCGGGGGCGGCGAGAUCAUUUAGCUAAGCACAACAGAGCUCGCCUUUGCAUUUAACGGAAGAGAGGGGUCCGAGGAUGCCGCCCCGCACCUGGCGUCGGCGGGCCUAUGCGGCCCGCGUUGGGCCGCCCCCCGCCGCGGGAUUAUUUCUGUAGACCCCGAUUUGAGUUGGCUAUUUAUGAGAACGCUGACCGCUGUGUACAUACGAAGUAUAAAUAUGUUUAUAGCCUGUAUAGACGUCAAGGGCGCCAACUCCGCACAACAGCAGAACCCAGAUCUGUA